AGAGAGAGAGAGAGAGAGAGAGAGAGAGAGAGAGUGUGUGUGUGUGUUGAGGAGUAUUUCAGAAGCUUAUUGCUUCGCUGAUUUUGAGGCAUGAAACAGAGGGAGAGAGAAAAGAAAGAGAAGAGUGGUGCACAAGUUUCACAUUCACAAACACACACAGUCACAGCUUCUCCUGUCAAACUCUUAUAUUUACUGCAUUUGGUCUCGUCUUUGAAACAUAUUUCUCUCGCAAGUUUCCAGAACUAAAAUAGAGACCACUCGGCUCAGACAAGGGAACUUCAGCUGUUUCUGAGAGGGAUUUUUAAGGUUUGGAGAUAAUGCUGAGGAAGAGGACCAGGUCCGUUGAGAAAGAUCAACAAAUGGGUCAUCUAACUGGAUCUGAAUUUGGUGCUGAGUCCCAUUUUUAUUCCGAAAAUCACAAAAACAAGGCCUUGUUUAGUGUACCUCGGCUGUUUGUUGGGUUGAGUCCUAGGGGUUUAUCAGAUUCUGAUUCAGUUAGGAGUCCAACAUCUCCUCUGGAUUUUAGGGCGUUUUCAAAUCUAGGCAGCCCUUUCAGGUCCCCAAAAUCACCGCAUAACGCCCAACAGAAGAGUUGGGAUACUAGUAAAGUAGGCUUAAGCAUCAUAGAUUCUCUUGACAAUGCUAAUAAAUUGUCAGGGGAAGUUCUCCGAUCAGAUAGUAAGAACAUUCUUUUUGGACCUCAAAUGAGGACUAGAACUUCAAAUAGCCAAACCCAUAUCAAUUCUUUCAAGGCACCUCAAUCUUUGCCUAAAAAUUAUGCAAAUUUUCCUCAUACACAGACCAAAUCUCCCCUACAAAAGGGCAACUCUAAUGUUGUUUUUGAAAUUGGAGAUACCCCAUUAGAACCUGAGCCGUUUGGGAAUUUCCGCUCUUGUUCACUGGAUUCCUGCAGGUCUUUUCCAGUUUUAGCUGGUUUCGCUGACCGCAGCCCUGGUUUGAGUCCUAGGAGUUCUGGUUUGGAAAAAUUAGCCUCCCAGGCAAGUUCUCCUCCUCUGCUGAUUGGAGGAAGCUUAAAUUUAAACAAUUUUUCGCAUGUAAAACCAGAUUCGAUGUCUGUAACCAGUGGCUCCGGCAAUGGAUUUAUUGAAGCCCUCUCAGGAAGUGAGAUUGAGCUUUCUGAGGAUUAUACCUGUGUAAUAUCUCAUGGUCCCAACCCUAAAACAACUCAUAUAUAUGGGGACUGCAUUUUGGAAGGUCACUCUAAUGAGUUGAUGAACAACAUUUGCAAGGGUGAAGUGAAGGAAACUGAAGGGGUGAAGAGCUCAACCACUCCAUAUCCUUCUGUUGAUUUCUUAAGCUUCUGCUACACUUGCCGCAAGAAAUUGGAGGGUAAAGAUAUUUACAUAUACAGAGGCGAGAAAGCAUUUUGCAGUUUCGAUUGUCGUUCACAGGAGAUUUCGAUUGAUGAGGAAAUGGAGAAAAUCAUCAGGUCUUCUGAAAACUCUCCCACAUCAGACGAUGUUGAGGAGCUCUUUGAAACUGGUAUCUUUAUCACAUAAAAGUCUUUCACAAUAGCCACCAUGUCCAUGAUUGAUGAACACUCAAGUGAGGUAGACGCAUUGAUCAUCUGUCCAUAAAGAGCUGUUUAUCUUCGUGCAGUCAAGUCUUAGCAGCCAUGGAUGAUCGUUUUGUAUAUUGUUUCGUUUGCCUAUUAUGUUUCAGCAUUCAUGGCCAUGGUGGGUAUUGGUUCAUAAUUGGCUAGUUUUGCCAUCCAUAAUAACUCACAUAUAUAAUUAUAUAUCCAUAUUCUGAGACUUUUAUCCUGUUAUAAUUGAUGUAGAAAGGGUAGAAGCCCCUUUUUAUGGCUCCCCAAACUUAUUUCCAUUUCUGCAUCAUCACUUUUGGCUAUUCGGCAAGAGUUGAAUGUAUAAUCUUGCAACUCAAAAUUUUGACUCAAUAUAUAGUACUAUAAUUCAAAUCUAGCUGCUAUUUUCUUUCCCUUUCUCUUAUGAUCCUUCAACUUGUACUGUUUGAAUGAGAAGAAGAACAGAGAUUCAACUUGGAAAAGAAAUUUCUGGGGAUGUUACACUUCUCUCAAAUUGAUUCCCAGUUUGCCUGUUGGAAUUCAUAAACAGCUCCAGUUAGUUUCAUAUUCCAGUUGCUUCAAAAUAUUUCAACUAGAUUACAUCCUGACAUUAAACGGCUUUUGCUCAUGUUUGUAAUCUCUGGUAUUAAGUAAAAGCUCCAUGGCCACAAACAAAAAGCAGGGUACUUUUACUUGUCCUUCUCUGACAUGUGCAAUUAUUGUGGGGGUCCAUACAUGUAAUUUUCCUUUGAUUAUUUCCGAAA